AUGUCAAAUGAAACAGCGUCUAUGAGAGAAAUACAACACAACCGACAACUCAUUAUACAAGCUCUAAAUAAGAACACAACAAACUUUUCAAACUAUUCUAAGAUAUCUGAGUCAUUGAAAGAAGGAAACUUAAAACUGACAUUAAACCCAAUGACAGAUGAGUUUCUGUUUCAAGACAAUAAGAACCAUACUGUUUGUAUAAAUCCAACAAAAGGAACUUUAAACGAGAAACCUAUAAAUGAACUUCUUUUGAAAGCAGAUGUUGACAACAAAGCUGACAAAACAUAUGUAGACGAUGCAAUAGCAAAAGAAGAAGAAAGAGCUAACAAAGCUUAUGCAACAAAAGAACAUACUCAUCCUGAACUAGCAGACAAAACAUAUGUUGACAAUAAAAUGUCAAGUGAAGUGACAAGAGCUGAAAACGAAUAUUCUAAAAAGACUCAUACACAUUCUAUAUCUGAAAUAACAAACUUACAAGAAACCUUAAACAUGAAAAGUGCCGUUGGACAUACACAUUCUAUAUCUGAAAUAACAGACUUAAACGUUAGCCUUGAAAAGAAAGCAGAUAAUGGAUGGGUGGCUAGUAAGUUAGAGAAGAAAGCAGAUAAGGAAUAUGUGGAUGAAAAAGAUAACGAAAAUAAAGAAAGGGUUGACUGGUACCAUGAAUGGACAUCGAAGAUUUUAAAAAGUAAAGCCGAUACAGGAUGGGUUUCAGGAUGUUUAGACCUUAAAGCGGAUAAAACAUAUGUUAACGAUGAGUUAGAGAAGAAAGCAGACAAGAACCAUACACAUACAAGUUUUACAACUGUUGGUAUAGAAAGUAUUGAAGGAACGGUUGAAGAAACUGGUGGGGAUGCAUUAUAUUGUAAACCUCCUAACUUUCCACAAGGUUUAACAUCGGAUGACGACAUAACGACGAUGAGAAACAUUAGAUGUAAAGAUGUUUAUGUCAUGAAGGAUGAACAUAAUAUUAAAUUCACUGCUCAAGAUUUAUAUGACAAGAAAGCAGACAAAACAGAGCUUCAAACAUUAAAGACAGAAAUACUUCAAACAUUAUAUCCUAUAGGCUCUAUUUAUACGUCAAUGAACUCUACCAGACCAGAA